CCAGAAAAACAGAAGGGAAACCAGCAGCUUCAAACAAUGCUUUAGAUUAGUCUGCUCCUCAACGUAUCGUAUAUCAUAUAUCACCUCUUUGGCAUGAGAGUUGGCCUACCUGUGUUACCUACUCUCUUUUACUCCCACUUUCCCUUCAAUUCACAAGUCAGAGAAAUAACUUUACUAAGUCUGGUCGCAUUGCAGGAGAUCUAAUGGCGUGGAAAAGUGCAAGUUUAUUUGGAUGUGUGAUUAUUUUAAGUGUUGUGUUUGUGAUUGCGGAUGGAUAUCGACCCGUCAUUAUAGUUCAUGGAUUAUUUGACGGGCCAAUGCAGUUUACCCAACUGGCCAGCUUUAUCAAUUCGACUCACCCAGGUACUAAUGUGACUACAGUAGACAUGUAUGAUGACAUGGCCAGCCUGAAGCCUCUGUGGGAGCAAGUUAAUGGUUUCCGAAAGGUAAUUGGACCCAUCAUAGAGAACGCCAAAGACGGCAUCCAUCUCAUCUGUUUCUCACAAGGGGGUCUGGUAUGCCGAGGAAUUAUUGCCACACUUCCCAAACACAAUAUCCACUCCCUGAUCUUUCUGUCGUCACCGCUGGCCGGCCAGUACGGAGUAACGUCAUACUUGAGGCACACCUUCCCAUCAUGUAUUAAGCAGCUCAUUUAUCAACUGUGCUAUAACUACUUGGGACAAAAGAUCUCGAUCUGCAACUUCUGGAAUGAUCCACACCAGAGAAAGAGGUACUUGAAGUACAACAAAUAUCUUGCCCUAUUGAAUGGCGAGAUCAAGUAUCCUUAUCAAACAGAGUGGCGAGAACACUUCUUGGAUAUUAAGAAGUUGGUGCUGAUUGGAGGACCAGAUGAUGGCGUUAUUACACCCUGGCAAUCAAGUCACUUUGGAUUCUAUAACAGCAAUGAAACUGUGGUCGAAAUGAAACAACAGGAUUGGUAUCAGAAUGAUGUGUUUGGACUGAAAACACUAGACUCCAGAGGAGACCUGGUCCAGUGUAUUUUCUCGGAUGUCAGACACGUCUUCUGGCAUUCAAACUCGACCGUGUACGACCAAUGCAUAGAGCCGUGGCUCACAUAAGUAACAGAAGUCUUGAUACAAACAUAUGAACCAUGACAUUGAUCAUUUGUUGCCAUUCUGCAUGCACAGAUCUGUCUUGUAAUUUUAAGAAAAAUGAUUGUUUCUGCAUGUAUGUAGAAUAGAAUUUCAAUGAAUAUUAAUUCAUUUUGAACUUGAUAUUUAUAUAUUUACAAUAUAAAACAAAAAAAAUUAACUGAAUGUCAAACAUGCAUAUUGUUUUCCACACAAGAUGGUUUUAAGCCU